CAGAAUCAGCUGAAAUUUACUCAUUGUGUGGGAUCUGCUGGCUGUCAUUUGAGGGUCUCUGAGCUGCAUGCCUUCAGGAGAAGUCUGAAGAUGCAGAGGGCGAGCACAGUAUCUGUGACCCAGGCCACAACACAAAACACCACAGCCUUCACCAAAUCUAGAGAACAAAUCCUUACACAGAGCUCAGGAGCCAUGAUAGCUGUCAUCGUCAUUGGUAUAAUCAUCAUUCUCACAUUUUUGCUCAUAGUCCUCAAGACGUACAACAGGAGGACUCACGCAAAAAGGAUGCUGUCAGGAGGCUCCAGCAAACCAAGAAAGAAAGUGUCUUCAACCACCACAAAUACAAACCUGGCCAUGAGCAACGUGGGCACCAGCUCAGCUUCUGGAAGCUUCAUUCAGUCAAACGGAUCCUCUGAAAACGGCUUCCGAAUCCCUCGGGUCGACCUGGGAAACAUAGACCACAGUAAUGGAGAGCAUUUCAGCACCAACAGCGGCUCGACCAUCGUGACGAUACACGACAUGCCAUCAGUUGAUAACACAUAGCAGACGUUACCUGGUCCCACACAUUUGAAGAUAACACACCAACAUGAACAAAGGACCUAAGGAAAGUUUUAACUCCUGCCAUCCCUGUUUAGGAUCUCGUGGAACUUUGAGGAAAGUCCACUUUAAAAGAGCGUAUUUAUGAAGAACCUGAGGAAAACUACAGACCUGACAUGAUUAUGGUUUUAUUUUUAGCACCGGAUUUGGUGAGGAAAUGUAGGCUAAAAGAUUUUAUCGCCUUGAGCUGGAAACAUUCAUUAAAAAUGAGCCAGAAUUCUAUUAGCGAGUUUUAAGGAUGCCUUGCGAGUUUAACUUCUGUAUUAAUCACUGUGACAUUUGCACUCUAGUAGUAAAGUCUCCCAUAAAAGUUUGUUCAAACAUUAUCAUGCUGAAUUGACCAACUAUUGAUCCAAAGCGGCUUACGAGUCCAAAGGUGUAUAUAUAUUGUGUUUAAAUGCCAUCCCUGGAACCAUAACGAUGCUAAUAUUGCCACUGUAGGACUAAAGUGGCUUUGGCAAGUUAGGAAAUUCCUGGUUGUGUUCCAUUUUCUAAAUUCAGUGUUCAUCUGUAUGCCCUUUGAAGGGUUUAAGGGUGUAAGGGAUCAAAAUUUAAAGAAGAGUAAGUGUCCAUCACUUCUGGCCUUCAUUCUGAAUGUUUUUAAUGGCCAGUUUUGAGCACUUCGGUUUGGAGCAGUCUGUCAAUACGGCGGCCAUGAUUGAAUCUAAAAGUCCACACAGAGGUGGAUUUAUCCUACUUUCAAGACAGCAAUUGUGUGAAGUCAGAUGUUUUCUGUGAGUUGCUGUUAAUUUCAUGUUUAGAUGUGCCAGAGUUUACUGUGUGAAACAACAAAUGGCUUGUAUGAAACAUGAAAACGAUGAUUUCUAAACAUUAACUGGUCACACACACACACACACACACACACACACACACACAAAGCAUGGAUUUAUUCGAAAUUGCCCCUAUACCCUCAUUCACUUUUCUCUACAUCAGUCCACUAAUAAACUCUACAUGAGUAAAUUUGAGCAUGAUGCACCAAAAGAGAGGUAUAUUUGUUUGUGCUUUGCUGGUUAAUAAACAUGAAAUAAAAUUGCUGUCAGUGUUUAUGUUGUCUAAUCCCUGCUGGAAAAAACAGCACAUGCUGGUAAGGUGUUUUGAUGCUAGUGCUGCUCAGGACCAUCACUCAGACCAGAAAAACCAGCAUUAAAACUGGCAGCAAGACCAACAUACUAGCAUCAAUGCUGGUUCUAUGCAAAUAUGCAGUUUUUUUUCCAUCAGGGUUAGUAAUGAAACAAAGUAUUCUAUCAUGUACACGUUAAUUUUACAAUAAAUAAUCAGUUAUUUACAAACUUACACUGAUAAGAUACUGCGGUUGACGCCAUUUUGUCGCACACGCGGGAAAUCAUUCUCCUCAGUAAGGAACCCUCAGCGUACAUCUGUUCACUCGACUCGUUAUUGCGGUGCAUUGUAGGAUUGAUUGGGGUCACUUCAGAACGUCUACUAUAUGGUUUCGGACACGAAUAUAGCUGUUUUGUUUCCUUAAAUAAUGCAGUAUUUAAGGCAGAUGUCUUCAACCCUGUUCCUGGAGAAACACCUUCCUGCAGAGUUUAGCUCACAACUGAACAAGUGUAUUAAUUUAACAGGACCUGAAGCAGCACUUAAAGAUCAGACAGGUUUGCAACUGAAACCUGUAGGAAGAAAGAACUCAAGGAAUGGGGUUGAGGACCCCUGAUUUAAGGGUAUAGUAGGUAAUUUCGGAUAUUUUUUAUAUACAUAUACCUGGCCAGCAGGUGGCGAUGUCACUUCUUCUUAGACACAAAAGUGCAGUCCUAAAAUCUGCCAUUGUUGUUUUUGGAUGUCAACUACAUUUAUAUGCCAAUAGACUGAAUGUAUGUACAUUUUAAUGUUUUGUAGUUUCCACAAAGAUGAUGAUGGAGUUGUGUUUUAAAAUGUGCACUUUGAACAUUUUUUUUUAAGAAAGAUUCUCACUACUUUGUUGAAUUAGCAAAUCAGUGAAUCUUUCACUGCAAUCUCUGACUAAAGAAUCAUUGAUAUGUUGUCAGAUCUGAAAUGAAUGGGAACCAUUAUCUGGUGUUUAAAGAUGCAUUAACAGUUUUAUCCUAAUAAAUAUUCUGAAAUGUU